AACAACUGGGAGCUUGGAACUCCGAAAAAAAAACGAACUCUACUUGAACGAGCUCGAUUUGAACGGUCAUCCGACUUGGAAUUCCAACUCCAGAACUCGGGCCUAUUCUAGAUCUCCGACUUUCCGACACGAAGAUCACGGAGGUCAUGAUUUUACCGUAUUUGUCCGUGUUCACAGGUGUUUUGAACGCAGCAUACAUUGCGACCCCUCUUCAAAAUGGACCGAGUUUACAAAUUGUUGUCGUGACGUCAUGUGCAAUCGAUCAGAUCAGUUUUGGUCAAGGCCGGGGGGUGGUGCAGUUAAAUAUGUGGCAUUCGCAAUAAUGUAUUCAUUUUAGCUGUAUCUAGGCUAUGUGUGUCAAAACUGACAAAUCUUUGUGGCUUCGACUGAAAUGUAUUUAGGCCUAGCUCUACCUAUUUCCUGCUCAAAUCACAUGAUUGACUACACCGACCGUGCAGCAGGACUUCGUGGGAUCUGUCUGGCUAGUCGCUACGAAACGGGGAUAUUGGCUAGCAGAAGGGUUUGUGUUUCUCUCAAGAUAUGCUUGAGUCAUAACUUCCACGAGACCGAGGACAGAGGGAUUUAUUUUUUUGAGUGGAACACAAACAGGCCUGUCCUUAAAGCUGUUCGCCUGUCAUUGCCGGGGAAGCAGCCACAUUGAAUGAGGUUUCAGUCUCACAUGGGCAAGAUGGACAGAUCAUAACAGGACAUUACUUCAAAGGUGAAGUGUUCGACGGGGCCCCAGAGCUGCAACUGGACUGCCUCUGCAGUGGUGACAACCACAGCAUUGCAGAAAUGAAGCAUGAGGGCAACCUCCUCCCCUUGGAACCACCCUACCAUGCAGGGUUUUCCAGUCCCCCCCAGAAAGGGCCUUCCUCACUAGCUGAGAAGAGCAGCCCGCUGCUCAUGGAGCCCAGCAACAUCAAGGCUGACCCCGCCGGCGACAUGCCUGCCAACACAGAGGGUCAGCCGGUGAAGAGGAAGAAGGGUCCAGCCCCCAAGAUGCUGGGGAACGAGGUGUGCAGCGUGUGCGGGGACAAGGCCUCGGGCUUCCACUACAACGUGCUGAGCUGCGAGGGCUGCAAGGGCUUCUUCCGCCGCAGCGUCAUCAAGAGCGCCCAGUACUCGUGCAAGAACAACGGCCGCUGUGAGAUGGACAUGUACAUGCGCCGCAAGUGCCAGCAGUGCCGGCUGCGCAAGUGCCGCGAGGCGGGCAUGCUGGAGCAAUGCGUUCUCUCAGAGGAGCAGAUCCGAGGGAAGAAAAUGAAGAAGAACGAGGAAGAGACUGCACGCACGUCUGCCGUGGUGACCCCCACCCCGGUGCCGGAGGUGGUCCCGCUGGAGCCCGAGCAGCUGGAGAUGAUCGAGAAGCUGGUGGCCAUGCAGAAGCAGUGCAACAAGCGCUCGUUCAUCGACCGGCCCAAAGUCACGGUGAUUCCGUGGCCCCAGAGUCAGGACCCCCAGAACAGGGAGGUACGGCAGCAGCGCUUUGCCCACUUCACCGAGCUGGCCAUCAUGUCGGUCCAGGAGAUAGUGGACUUUGCCAAGCAGUUGCCUGGCUUCCUAGAGCUCACCAGAGAGGACCAGAUUGCCCUGCUGAAGACCUCAACCAUUGAGAUCAUGCUGCUGGAAACAUCGCGGAGAUAUAACCCUGCCAUUGAGAGCAUCACGUUCCUGAAGGACUUCAGUUAUAACAAGGAGGAUUUUGCCAAAGCAGGGCUGCAGUUGGAGUUUAUCAACCCCAUCUUUGAGUUCUCCAAGGGCAUGAAUGACCUGCAUUUGGACGAGGCGGAGUACGCUCUGCUCAUCGCCAUCAACAUCUUCUCUGCAGGUCAGAGGUCAAGUGGUAUGCUAGUGUGGAACAGAGCUCAUAUGCAAGACCGGCCCAAUGUGCAGGACCAUGAACUGGUGGAGCGACUGCAGCAGCCGUAUGUGAACGCACUUCGUUCUUACAUCAUGAUAAAGAGACCAAACGAUCAUCUGAUGUUUCCACGCAUGCUCAUGAAGCUGGUCAGCCUCCGCACCCUCAGCAGCGUCCACUCUGAGCAGGUCUUCGCCCUGCGCCUCCAGGACAAGAAGCUCCCGCCGCUGCUAUCUGAAAUCUGGGACGUCCACGAGUGACUCCAGCCGACACCCUCGCGGAACUCUGCCGUGCUCCGCAAACCUGCGUACUGGGACGGACAGAAACAUUGGGUUUGUCUUUCGAGUGUCUCGAAAAAAAGACUUGAAUGAAGCGAUGCCUCCCAGGAUACCCAAACACGACGGAUCAAACCUACAGAUCGGUUGCCAGAUUGAAUCAGUUGCCAGAUUGGAGGAACUUUUUUCUUCUUCUUUAUCUUCUAUGCAGUUUGGGGGGGUAGUGAUGGCACUCUGUCCUGCAGACUGGGACACUAAUCUCAUGGGGAGGUUGGGGCAAAGAAAUAGAAUUACCAAUUUAUAUUAAUUCUAUUUCUAUGGGUUGAGGAUUGUGCACAUCUGAUUUCUCUCCCUCGCCCAUUUCGUUAUUGAAGGUGAGAUGGGCUUGUGGUGAGAUUGUGCUGCCAUGGUCAGUGUAGCUCAGACUUGCUAGCCAGUGUUCACCAUUACAUCUACUGAUAUCUGUUGAUAGUCUCGUGAUCGGCCUAUCUAUAACGACAAUUGCCAUGAAGCUUUGAGAAGGUUUUGGCAAUGCCCCCCUCCCCCCUCUCCAGAUCCACAUCAUGGAUGAUAACCCCAAAGUGAAAAUAAACAGAAAAAUACAUGUUAGCCCUAUGUUGCAAUGGGAUAGGAUACAGAGGUAUCCUAACUGCUGCCCAAUGUUAAGCAAUGUGUCUUAUUGGUGUCCACUGUCCAGAUGACUGGUAGGUCACCUGCUUGAUUAUUGUUGUGAUUUAGCAGUUUAAAAGUCAGCCAUCUGAUUUGUUCUCCUCUCGGUGAAGGAACAAGAAAACAAUUCUGAUUGGUGUUGAAUUGUUUAAGGUAAAGUGAUUGGAAGUGUUGGUAUAGAGAUGUGUAGCCUACCACUUUCAAGUGCAGGACCCCCACCAACCAUUUUGUAAAUGCACUCAAACAUUGAUUUUCAUGUACAAAGUAUAUAUUAAUAUGACAAAAUAUAUAUAUAUUUAGUAUGCCCACAAGUGAAGACAUCCAUACAAAAUGACUUGUACAAUCACUCACUUAUAAGCAAGCAGUGAUUUAAAAAAAAAAAUGUAAAAGCAUCACUGGAUAUGUGAGGGCCAAGCUGAGGCCUUAUACACUGGAACAACUUCAAUGCUACGUUAGGGAGUAGUAAGCUUAGGCCAGGGAUAGGCUUCUUUGAUGCAGCUGGGGGCACAAAAAAACGGAACUCCACAUGCAGUGGGUCUGCGUACGCACAAUCUCCCCCGCCUACCCUGCGAGAAAAACAUUUUAGCGCCCCCCCACCCCCGUGACAGAAGAGAACAAAUGUUUAGUUUUACAGCUCAUUUCCUGGAAUUCUACACAAUUUUGCCAUAGGCUGGAGGAAAAUGUUUGCUGUUUUUAAUAACUGAUGGGCCCCACACUGGUCGGUAAUUCGACCAUGCUUACUACAAGUUUAUAUAGCUGGCCGCUAGACUAACUUAACAAUUUAGCUGACAUGAGCUAAUUGACUGAUGCACAACCAAAUUUCAAAAUUUCACAUAGAAUAUACAAACUCUCAACAGUAAGUUGAUGCCCUGACUGAAAUUAGUCAGAGGGGUCUGCCAGUUGCACAUCCCUGGUCUAGUUGUAUGUACUCUCCUCCCUUCCCCCAAAUCAGCAUGGUUCCAGACAUCUGAGUGGCAAUUUCAUCCAGAUGUUGAAAAUGUGCUUUGCAUCCCACAAUAGUUGGAAUCGCAAAAUAAGUUCAAUUGCGCUCCUUGUGUGGGCACUGCAGUACUUUCUGCAACGGUAACAAUUUUGGGUUACACUAUAACGUUCAUGAAUAAACCACUGUAAAUGUUUAGAAAUGCUUACAAAUAAAAAAUAAUUACUCAAUAGUUUUACCCUAUUUAUAAAUGGUGGUUCGUGAAUGUUUUUAUAAUAGUCUUACCCAUUUCUAAUAAGGUCAUAGGAUUUCACUUGACUAAGCUGUUACUCAUCAGUUCCCCCCCCCAUGAUGCUGUUUCUAUCACAGUCCUUUGUAUGAUGACUUUGCAAAUGUGACAUUUAUGAAAACAAAUGUUCAGAAGGAAUUAGAGAAGGAAAGCUUUUCUUUUUGUUGAUGCGAUUUCUGAUUGACAGAUUUUUUUUUUUUUUGUCCAUUACUGACCCCACUUUACAACUCAGAUCAGUGUGAAAUAGAGGACUCCAAGACAAAAUGGGGGAGAUUUAUCAUAACAGUUGCACAAUAUGUCAAAGUAGCACAGCAAUAAGGGAGUAAGCUAUAUGGAGCUUUCAGUUAGGAGAAGAAAAUCAAUGCAAUUAUUUAACAAAUAUGUGUAAUAUUAGGGUUGGUGGUUUUCUAUUUGUAGUUUGUCAACCAUCAGGUUUUUAUGGCUAUUUGUUUUAUUUAGUUGGGUUGAUAUUGAGAUUGAUUGUCUUUGAUGGAGCUGACUCAUAGCCUGAAGAUGGUUCUUCUACACACUAUUCAAAGGGUUUGCUCUUCCCUGGGCAUGCGUGUGUGGAGCCAUCUAUUUUGAAUUGCUCUUGAGACUUAAAUUGCAAAACCAUAUUAUCCCAGUUUUCAUAUUUUUCCUUUCAAUAUGUAACUCAUACCAGCAAAUGAUUGUCUACAUUGAAAUUACAUCAAAUCACAUACAAGGUAUGUGAUUUAAUGGUAUGGGGUCUUUUAGUCUAAAUUAUGUUUUCAGUUGUUUAGAAUACAAUGUUAAUUAUUGUUAAUACUGUAGGUAACUCAAAGUUGACUAAUAGCAUUUACAACGUUCUGAUGUGCAGAACUCAUUUAAUCCCUUCUCUACAUCUUAAAGGGUGACGCUGUAAACCAUAUUGACAUAGAAAUGCAAACUUAUUUGAAUAUUUUAACACCAUCUAUAUUCUGCUUUAUAUGUAUAAAUUAAAACCUGACAGAUAUUGUAGCCUAUUGCCAGAUUAUAUAUUUGUGUACGAACUGAAACCAAAAACCACUAAUUUUCCCGAUUUUUUUUUUUUUUUUUUUUUUGAUUUAUUACAAUUUCAAAGUGAUUUGAGUUAUGCUUAUUCAAAAUCAAUGCUUUAUUGUAAUUAGUUCUCUUAAAUAUCACGGCCAGUAAAAUAAAUGUAUUGUAUUUAUUUACCCACACUUGUUUGGGUGUUCUGUUGUCAAAUAGAGCAGUCAACGGCUAUUUAUUCAUUUUUAUCAAAAGAGCUUGUAAAAUACAGAAUGAAUUUGGGCAACUUGGAAUCUCUACCUUGGUAUUUUACUGCAUUGACAAGUAUUUACUUUAUUACACAGCGGGCUUCAUGCAAUUAUAGUUUCUAGUCUUUUCAGGGUCUAUUUUCUGGUCAUUUAAAUUAUAUGCUUAGUGAUAAUUCCCCAAAAUAUUAAUGCAACAUGUAAAGAGCUGAAAUAAACAAUCCCAGCAAUGUUC